GUAGCUAAUCCUUCCACUUCCGGUAGUGCUAACCAAGAAGGCGUGAUGGCGACGUCAAUGUUGUUGCUGCUUUUUAUACACUUAAACAUCUCUUUAAAGUCUUUAAACUUCACACUUUCUUCUCUGGGGAGGAAGUAGCAAGGGCGGGAACUUGUUUCCGUGAGUGUUGACCUUCUUCCGGCUAGCUGACUUUGCUAGCUGCUAACAAAGAGACGCUAGCGACAUAUAUUUAGUGGAGGAGGAGGAAGCUUGUCAAAGCAAAGAAGAGAACGGACAACAUCGCUUUUUGCCACAGAACAGCGCUGCCAACAAUGGAGGACGUUGGCGAGACCACGCCGUGCUGCAAGGCGGAGCAGGAGGAGCCACAGCCCCCCCGCAUUAAAGAGGAAGAGCAGGACCACAGCGUCAGUCGGGAGGACCCGGGAGGACCGGAGGACGAGCAGGUGAUCCAGGUCAUCGUGAAGGGUGAGGAGGACGCGGACCCUCCAAGCAGCAGCUGGACACCAGAAGCCGACGGAGACCACUUGGGGUCAGCUCCAGGAUCAGGUAGCGACCACACCACCGCACACUCCACUCGUCACAUGACCACGGAAGCUGAUGUAGACCACAUUGGGUCAGCUCCAGGAUCAGGUAGCGACCACACCACCGCACACUCCACUCGUCACAUGACCACGGAAGCUGAUGUAGACCACAUUGGGUCAGCUCCAGGAUCAGGUAGCGAGCACACCACCGCACACUCCACUCGUCACAUGACCACGGAAGCCGACGUAGACCACUUGGGGCCACCUCCAGGAUCACGUAGCGACCACACCACCGCACACUCCACUCGUCACAUGACCACGGAAGCCGACGUAGACCACAUUGGGUCAGCUCCAGGAUCAGGUAGCGACCACACCACCGCACACUCCACUCGUCACAUGACCACGGAAGCCGAUGUAGACCACAUUGGGUCAGCUCCAGGAUCAGGUAGUGACCACACCACCGCACACUCCACCCGUCACAUGACCCCGGAAGCCGAUGUAGACCACAUGAGGUCCGCUCCAGGAUCAGGUAGCGAGCACACCACCGCACACUCCACUCGUCACAUGACCACGGAAGCCGACGUAGACCACAUUGGGUCAGCUCCAGGAUCAGGUAGCGACCACACCACCGCACACUCCACUCGUCACAUGACCACGGAAGCCGACGUAGACCACAUUGGGUCAGCUCCAGGAUCAGGUAGCGACCACACCACCGCACACUCCACUCGUCACAUGACCACGGAAGCCGACGUAGACCACAUUGGGUCAGCUCCAGGAUCAGGUAGCGACCACACCACCGCACACUCCACUCGUCACAUGACCCCGGAAGCCGAUGUAGACCACAUUGGGUCAGCUCCAGGAUCAGGUAGCGAGCACACCACCGCACACUCCACGCGUCACCUCGACAACACCCGAGUGAUGUGCUCCGAAUGCGACCGGGCUUUUUACGACAAGAAAACGCUGACGGUGCACAUGCGCACGCACACCGGAGAGAAACCGUUCGUCUGCGCCGUGUGCGGCAAGACGUUCGCCCAGAGGGGGAAUCUGAUCAAGCACACCAGGACGCACACGGGGGAGAAACCCUUUUCCUGCCCGUUCUGCACCACCAGUUACAGCGACCGCUCGACUUUGGUCAAACACAUCCGGCGGCACACCGGCGAGAAACCGUUCGGCUGUUCGCACUGCCCGGAGAAGUUCUCCCGCAAGUCGAACUUGAUCACGCACACGAGGACGCACACCGGAGAGAAACCCUUUCGCUGCGCGGCCUGCAGCGCCGCCUUCGGCGACCGCUCCACGUUGAACAAGCACGCCAGGACGCACACGGGGGAGAAACCCUUCAGUUGCUCGGCGUGCGGGCAGAGGUUCUCGCAGAGGGAGCACCUGAGAAGACACGCCAGGACGCACACCGGGGAGAAACCCUUCCCCUGCGCCGUUUGCAGCAAAAGCUUUAGCGACCGCUCGACGUUUGUCCGACACAUGGGGAGACACCCUGGACAGGUGGUCUUAGCUGGGCAGGUGGUCUCAGCCGCCAACGUGGACCAAGGGCACUGAAGCCACACGCACCGGGACUAUAGUUUUAUCUGCUGACUCCAGACUGGGGACUAGAAAAGACUUGGCAACGUUUUCAGGGCCAAGGAUCCUCAAACUGAUGGAGAAGAAGAACUUUUGUACUUUGUAUGAAAUUGUCUUUCUAAUUA